GUGAGCGUGUACAGACUGGUCACCAAAGGCAGUGUAGAGGAAGACAUCGUAGAGAGAGCCAAGCGCAAAAUGGUGCUCGACCAUCUGGUCAUUCAGCGAAUGGACACAACAGGUCGGACGGUGCUUGAUCGCGGCCAUGUUCCUUCAAGUAAUACUACUCCAUUCAAAAAGGAGGAAUUGAGUGCCAUUCUCAAAUUUGGUGCUGAGGAAUUGUUCAAAGAGUGUGACAGUGAUGACGAAGAACCACAAGUUGACAUUGACGAGAUCCUGCAGCGUGCAGAAACUAGGGAGGUUGAACCAACGACCGUGGGAGAUGAUCUCCUGUCACAGUUCAAGGUCGUCAGCUUCGACAACCUGGAGGAAGAAGAAAUAGAACGCAUUGGAGAAAGUAAUAAUGAUGAUCCUGGUAUGUGACUUAUGUUUGUAAACCACCUAACCACAGCCUUUUAGUGCUGUUUGUUUAUAUU